CACCAAUCAGGGCGGUGCUUGCUGAUGGUGUUGUACCGGCCUAUGGCAGGUGGUGUUGGUAAUUCGCUGCGGCUUGUCAGGAAGGAGCUGAAGGGGAGACAUGACCGGGGCUCCGGGAGAGGAGGAGGAGUGAGAAGCCGUCAGAUGAAAGAAUGCUAAAGAUACCACACUAAAGAGAUCCACGGAUCCCCAUAAAAGUCAACCGAUGCAUUCCAGACAUGAAGCCCACCACUUGCCGCUGCUCUUUAUAAAUAAUUGACUUCUUUGCAAUUCAGAAAAAAAGCAGUGGACGUGGUGUGAAGAUGUUGGGAUCUGAACGUGGUGUAGUGGAGGAAUGGCUCUCGGAAUACAAGGUAUUACCCGAAACUCAGCUCCCUGCAUAUGCUGCAACACUCCAUCGCAAGAAAACACUUGUCUCUUCCCUUUAUAAAGUUAUUCAAGACCCAAACAAUGAGCUUCUUGAGCCUAUAUGCCACCAGCUGUUUGAGCUCUAUCGCAGCUCUGAGGUACGAUUCAAGAGAUUUACCAUGCAGUUUCUCCCAGAGCUGAUCUGUGUCUACCUGCGUCUCACUGCCAGCCGUGAUCGACAGAGUAAUGGGUGCAUUGAAGCUCUUCUUUUGGGCAUUUACAACCUGGAAAUAGCAGACAAAGAUGGCAACAAUAAGAUUUUAUCUUUUACCAUCCCAUCAUUAUCUAAGCCUUCUAUAUAUCAUGAGCCUUCAUCUUUAGGAUCUAUGGCUUUGACUGAAGGAGCGUUGAGCCAGCAUGAUCUCAUUAGGGUUGUUUAUAGUGACCUUCACCCUCAAAGAGAAACCUUCACUGCACAAAACAGGUUUGAAGUAUUGAGCUUCCUCAUGCUUUGUUACAACUCUGCUAUAGUCUACAUGCCACCUUCUUCCUAUCAGUCCUUGUGUAGGAUGGGUUCCAGGCUGUGUGUGGGUGGCUUUCCAAGGCAGCAUGAAAAGCACUGGAAGGACCUUUGUGGCCGGGUGGUGUUGGAUCCAGAAUUUAUGGUACAGCUUCUCACUGGAGUUUAUCAUGCUAUAUACAAUGGGGAGUGGCACCUAGGGCAGGAGGUGUUGGAUGAUAUAAUUUACCGAGCCCAGCUAGAACUUUAUUCCCAGCCUCUGUUGGUAGCAAAUGCCAUAAAAAAUUCUCUGCCAUUUGAUGCUCCGGACUCCUCCCAGCAGGGACAAAAAGUGCUGAAAGUUGAAGUCACACCAACAGUUCCUCGUAUCUCUAGAACAGCCAUCACUACGGCUUCUAUACGGCGCCACCGCUGGAGGAGAGAAGAUGGUUUUGACUUCUCAUGCGGCUCGAACCCAGGCUCCCCGACCAUGCGCAUCAUCAAAGACCUAGGGGCUAAUCGUGAGGGGGAUGUUCUUGUGUACACGACCCCCGAGACAACCUCUCCAGAUGCUGCCUCAGAGGGACCUGAAGGGACAUUAACAGGAGAAGACAUUCUCAACAUUACUGAUGCAGAUGAGGGAUUUUCAUCUGCAGCCUCGGUUAGUAGUCAGCCUUUAUCUGGCAAACAGACUUCUUCUUCAAGGAGCGGAUCAAGGAAAGGAGGCAGCAUGCGUUCGGUUAAGGAGAAAGAAUCAGUGGCUCAAACAAAACCUAGUGAGAGUGCUCGAGAUAGCACACCUAGAAAGCAGAAUAUCCCUGUAGCCGCAGAUCCAACACUAGAAGGGAUAGAGCUAUCUCCAAUGAAGAAGCACCUGAGCCUUCCAGCAGGCCAUGUGGUACCCAAAGCCAAUAGUAUAAGUCUGAUCCGAACCUCCAGUACUUCAUCCAGUAAAUCAUUUGACUAUGUAAAUGGCAGUAAAUCUGGGGGCAGCAGUGGCAUUGAUACCAACCUCUCUGCCUGCAACACCAACAGGUUUUCAACUAUUAGCCUACAGGAGGACAGACUAGUUCACACAAUGGAAGGUAAAGACCUUCUUUCUCCUGGUGCCCCACUGACCAAACAGUCUCGAUCCCCAAGUUUUAAUAUGCAGUUAAUAUCACAGGUGUAAUUGUCCCCAUAUUCUCCCCCCUCCAUCAGUGCUGCAUUGCUGUGCAUCUCUGCACGUGAACAAAGAAUUGUCUAUUGUUUUGUUUCAUAAACACAAUUGCUCCCUCCCCAUUUCUUCCUAAGUUAAAAAUCUGUAUGAUAUAGUGAAAGCAAUACAAAUCAUUUCCCAUCCACCGCCAAUAUUUAACAAACGCUUUUGUCAUUUCCCUUUUAACACCUGGGUUGUGUGCAAUGCAACAAGGUUUAAAUGAAGUUCCCCGCUCAAGACAGGUCAGUAAUAAAGCUUUAAUUAAUAGAGAUGUAUAGUACCACUUCUGUUAAAGGGACAGUAUACCCCCUUUUCAACAUGAAUUAAUUGAAUACGGUUUGAGUUUAACAUACUUUUUGCCCAUUGGUUUGAUAAGAAAAAACAAAAACAUUUUUUUUUUAUUUUUUGAGCCAAACAGGUAGAUAAUAAGAUUAACAGAGCACAGACAACCCCCCUAUAUAAUGGACUCCUGCUUAUCUGUGCUCUGUAUCAUGUGGCGUUAGGUAAUCACAUCUCCUGUAGAACUCUACCUGAAAGUGGAUGUCACAUUCAUCAGUGGGUAAACUGUAUUGCCUAGUGGAUUGUGGGUUAUUUCACCAAAUCUAUGGAGAGGACUCAUUAAAAAAACAUUCAUGAACAGAUGUUGCUGGACAAAGAACACUGAGGGAAUGUGAUGUUGUGGUCUUUCCCACAGUGUUUUACUUUUACCCACUCUGCCUUUGUUCAUUUCAUAGCUUAUCGGAAGUUCUCUAUAUGUAUUUGUAAGGACAGAUUUAUAGUUUUUGACACUCAUCUAACCAGUUCUGUAGCUAGAUACAUAUAUUUAUUCAUGCCUCUUCUCCGGUAGGUAAUGUAUGGCUGGCUGUACCAAACACAUUUUACCCCUUCUGCGACAGCUGUUUUUGACCCUGCUGAGCCGCAUGUUUUAAGUAAACAUGUGAUGCAGCACAGUGGAAUAAAACUGAAUCUGUAGCGCUGGCAUUAUGGUACUUUUAUCAUGUGGGGCAGUUAGAGGGGUUAAUUUUGUGGUUCUUUUGUACAGUUUUCUCUGCACAUGCUGGCCCUUGUAGCUCCUAGCAUUGGCUCUUUAAUGUUUACAGAGGAGGACAUGGGGAGAGAGCUGCAUUCUCUUUUUAUUUGGGCACUUACGUCAUGUUAUGAUCUUGGCAUAAUGCUGGCUUCUGGGGGUGUGCAAUCCUCUGUAGUUUUCUGGUAUAACUCUAGUUGUCUGUCCUAGCUGGAUAUAACUCACUUCAUGCUGGUUAAUUGCAUUUCUUUGAAGGACUUGUGCUCUCAUGGAUAGGAAAGCUCCUGUUAUUUGCAUGCUCCAUAAAUACUGGCUGGCUGGCUAACAUGCAGAUACUGGUUGAUAUGGGGUGGUUUGAUAAAUUGCUGCUAAUUGGUACCCUCACACUAAAUGGAGAGGGAAAGUUGUAUAUGAUGUAGUGUAAAUGCUUUAGUUUCCAUUUUACUGUAUUUAUGUAGCUAGCAAUACAGUCCUGUGCAAGGGAAGCAAUGGCCUUUGCCAGCGUAAUGUUUGCCUCACUUUUACUGUAUCAAGACAUCUGCACAAAUCGUGUCUUUAUUUCCCAAAUUAUUUUACCAUUACUUUGAGCUACCUAUGUUUAAUAUAUUACCCACCUGUACUCAGGGAAGACACUGAAUAUGGCCUCUGCUUUAGAGUAGAGCUGUUUGGAGGUGCAAUUGCCUUGUGGUAUAUUCCAGGGGUCUCUGCUGUAUAGCACUGCUGUAAGAAACUGUUCCUGCCCAAUGGUUUAGUGUUCACAGGAAUCUUUAUUUCUGCUCUGGAACCUCUAAAAUCCACUAUAACCACACCUCCAAAUGCCUGCAGGUAUGUACUUUUUUCCAAAGUAUUCAGCCAAUCUAACCUUCUAGCACACGUUGGCUUUUUGGCACCAACAAAGUCCCUCACUACCAUGUGCAAGUCCUGGAAGGCUAGGGGAGCGUUUUUUCAUUGGUUUUCUCAAUAUCAUGUGUAAAUGCUUGCAGGGUUGGGGUACGGCCCUCUGAGAAUGAACUUUAUUCCAACACCCACAACUAAACCUUCAGUCUAUGCAAUUUAUGUCUGCUGUUUAAGAGCAAAGGACAUUAUUUUUUUUUAAAAACAUAUGUUUCCAUUCCAGAAUUCGGAGAAUUUUUAAACCACAAGCUUAGGCUGCAAGCUUUUUGCCCCAGAUUUCAAUGGUCAUAUUAUUUUCACAUUUAAACAAGGCUUCGGAAACACUGAAACAAGUACCAGCUGACUAUUACAGUCGCAAAAUGUUGCAACCCACAGCUGCAUCUACCAUGUUCUUAAUGGAAAUAUCAUGUAGAAAUGGUUUGUUUUGUUGUUGUCAUGCUAGCACAGAAUAGCAAAAUGUCUUUGAGAAAGGUCAGAAAGAUAAUUGUGGCAAGGCAAGAGAAAACUUGAAAAGCUGCUUUAGGAAGACCUGCAUCUAUUAUUCCUAUCCCAAUGUCAGAAUAUUUGUAUUCAUCAUUCCACAGUUCAGUGCUUGCCACUUGAUGUAUAUAUAGAUAAAACACUGUGUAUGAUACCUAGGAGACUCCAUCCAGACAGCAUUGAUUUAUGUGUCUGAGAUUCAGUGUAGAAAAGCAAAGAACCUUCAUUUUAUAUCCACAGUGGCUGUUACACAGUCAGGUACAACCUGGCUUCUGGUGAAUAUAUAUUCUCCCCUGUCUGCUUUUGUUGAAUAUACAUUCUAUUUUUUGCUUUUUUUUUGCUUCAUCUAAGAGCUAUUAUUAUAUUUAUUAAAUAGGGAACAUGGAUUAGUAACCUCCUAGGAGAAGUGAUAAAUAACACCAAACUAGCUUAAUACAUCCAAGUCAUUUUCUUCACUUGUCUUAAUGCCAUAUAUUAGUGUCUGCUUUGUCCUAGUGUGUUAUUCUUAGUAAUGGGACUAAUUCCACAUGCAGAACUACAAAUCUCACGAUGGUUGAAUUGAACAUAUCAUUUGCUACGGUCAAUGUGUAGUUUAUUAGGUGAUGCAGAAGUGCAGGAGCUGGUAGUUGCCUGAAGCCCUUUGUAGCCACAUUGUACACCUGCUGGCUGCUCAAGCUGAAAAACUGAUCUAAUAAGGGAAAUGAGUGUGCGGGUGUCAGUAGAGAACCCAAACGGUGCAGAUUUAGAAAUCUCUACUGGAGACUAGUAGUUUAUGGGGCUUUAUCUCAGGGAAGUCCAGUAAGGUAAGUAAGUCAUACUGCUGCUGUUGAGCCUCAUAUCACCACAUUCACCAUUAGGUUAGGGUUGGAUAUCCUUGAGCCACUAUUGUGUCCUGCUGGUUAAUAAUAAGGAGAUGUCAUAAACACAACUGGGGUUUGAUAAUUAUAUAUGUUUGGAUGUCUGAAUAUAUGUGUGUGUGUGUGUCCAACUACCUAGGUAUCUAUCAUAUAAAUAUACACACGUGCAUAUAGACUACAUGAGCAAGUAUAUCUAUACAUCUGCAUAUUCAACAUCAAAUUGGGAAACAAAGGGGAUUAAUGUCUACUCAUCUUGGAAGGCUUUCUAGUAGAUGUUGGAACAUUGUUGGCAAGAAUUUCUUUCAUUCACCCAGAAGAGCCUCAGUUGAGUUGGGCCACAAUGUUGGUCGCUCAGGCUUGGUUUGCAGUAGGCAUUCUAUUUAAUCAUACGGUGCUCAUAUUGGUUACGGUCGGGUUCUGUGCAGGCCAGUCCAGUUUUGCCACAUGCAUCCUAGCAUGCCAAUUCUGUAUGCAUAUGUCUAUGGGCAGGGGGCGCUACCAUGCUGAAAUGGCAAAAGGCCUUCCCCAAAGUGUAGGAAACAGAGUUGUCAUUAAAUGCUGCAUUGGAAUCAAAACCAAAACCAUGAAAUAGCCCAAACCACUUUACAGUUGGCAUUAGCUAUACAGAGAGGUAAAAUUCUCCUGGCAUUCGCCAGACCCAAACCUGUCUGUUAGACAGCCAAUAUUGUAAAGUGUGACUAAUCAAUUUAUACAACUUCACUGCUUUUACACAUCUCAAGCCAGUCAUAGAAUAUUAUGCAUGGUGCAUGUUGAUAAACCUCCCAAAAAUAGUUCUUGUUCUGGCGUUGCUUUCAGGGAGGGUUUACAACCUGGCAGUGAGUGAUCCAGCUGAGGAACUUCCACACUCCCUGUUCCCUCACUCAGUUUGGAUGAACUACCAGUUAGUGACCUAGGUGUUUCCACCUCACAUUUGUAUUUGUUGGAAAAGUGAAGCCACUGAGUUCUUCAGUAGGACGUAUUCUACUGCCAGUGAUUAUUGGCAGAGAUUAUAAUUUGAUUUCAGUGCUAAUUGGAUCCCUUUGAGGCAAACCUAUGUAGAUCAUUCCAUUCAAUGACCAUUAGUAUAAGCAAGUGAGAUAUGGAAGCCAUUUUUCUUGACUUCUCAGUUGUGUAUUAAUUCCAAUCAUACAUUUUCCCUUCUGCAAGCAAAUUUGUUUUGUUUAGAGAAAUCUGGAGAGUCUUUUUUGCAUGUCUGUCUAUCAAAGCAGCAUAUUCAUAGGAACUGUAAGGCUAAAGUUGGCCGUACAUAGAAAGUUCUGCUUGUUUUUUGUUUUUUUUGGGGGGGGGGGGUCGCAAUCAUUUAUUUUUGACUAGAAACACAGCUACUUCCAGUGCAUGGAAGGAAAAAGCUAAUUAAGUUGCUGAUAGUGAUUCAGUGUAUGGGAGGAUUUGGGUUGAAUGUAAUUACACUCGGGUGUCUGAUAAUUUAUGUAUUUAUUCUUCCACAGAGUUUAAUAAUGAUGACAAUUUGGGGAAUUUGGGGGAAAUAAUUUAUUUUUAUAGAACAGGGCAGUAUAAACAAAGCUGGUUAUUUUAGAGAAAUGUUUGUAUCAUAUGAAUCAUUACCUGGGCCUCUUAAUUUGAUUUUAUUUCUUUGAAACCUUUAGAUUCCUUUGUUCUGUCUCAUUUUGACAUGAAAGCACAGUUGGGUUUUAGCUUUAAUUUUAUAUUCAAUUUUGCCUGUGCUGCUGCUUCUCUACUUUAUUGCUGUGCAUUGUGUUGGGCAGGUUAUAUACAAAUCAUACAGUUUAGCUUCUCUUUGGCAAAUAUUUACUCUGCUUUUUACCUGUGAGUCUUGAACAGCAGCUCUGGUUAUUCUUCCAGUCAUAACAAGUUCUAUGGCGGGCUUUUAGUAAAUGUACCUUGGGAAAAUGCAGGGUUAUAGGACACAUGGAAGCAGAUGUUGUCCAGUAUUUGGUCCAAUACACAAAAUCCUUUUUCUCCCUUUAUCUUAACUCCGUUUCAGCCAUCGCAGAUAUAUUUCCUGGUUGUGGUCUACGUGUAUUAUAAGUGUGUUCCUCUGGGAAGGAAAACCAACAACAUGGCAUGCACUCAAGCUAGUAUUUUCUCACAAAAAGUGAAAAGAAAUUAUUGUAGAAAAUACUUGCAGAGCUGCUAAUUAACCAAAAUGGGGGGAAUAGAAUAUUAAACAGCCAGAGAUGAAAAAAACACUAAUAGAAAUUAGUCCCCCCCCACCUCUCCAAAGGGUGUCAAUUAAACACAAAGUACGUAAAUACUUAUGGCAUCUGAGGCUUCUGAUCUCUUUCCUGAGCAGAGCAACAUCAGAAUACUUCUCUGUUUUCCUUUUAAAGGUAUAUUGCUCAGGAACCGACCAGCGCUGUUGUUACAAAAUUCAUUAAAUUGGCAGUUAAAAACUUAAAUAGCUCUAAAACUGAAAGAAAUAAUGUAAAAUGUAAUUUUUUUUAAAGGUUUACUUAUCCUUUAAAGGCUCAGUUUUGGCUGAAUGCAUAGGAUAUAUCCAAAUCUGGACUCAGCCUUCUAGGUAGGCUGGAACCUGGAGUAUGUGCAGAACAGGGCAUAUUUGAUAAUACAAGACCAACAAACAGGUCUUUUAGCAAGGGCACAAUCCCCAGCCCAACUUUACAUAUUUGGCAAGCAUCGUUGUAAGUAUGAAAUUCAUCAGGCCAAAAGGACAGUAAGGCAGCUGGCGCUAGAGCCAAGUAAUCGAUUGCCUUCAGCAUGUGUUCCUCAGCUGGGAUCACUUAUUGAUGGGACAAAAUGGCUGCCAGUUCUAUAGAGAUACACUGCAGUGAGACAUCAAGGCACUUGAUGUGCCAUCUGGAAAAUAAGCCAGAUAGGCUUUUGCAAAAUAGGCUUUUGCUUUACGGUUUAGCUGGGUGAUCAUGUAAUAUAGUCCUUUGUGUACUUGGGCCAUUCCCAUCAGUCCUAGGGGCUAGACUCAACAUGUAUUAACUGAAAUCCUCCAGCAGAGCCCAGUAUGAUAUAUUGUGUGCUAUUAUACUGUUUCUCUUAUGUUUCCUGUUACAAGACAUAGAUUUGUAAAUGUCAAUAUCUUAUUUUUAACUGAUUUGGAUAUGAAACUGUCUUCUUUUUGCUGAGCGGGUGGGUUGUAUCUAUGCUGUCCCUCACACAAGCAUUCCUUAGCAUGCUGGAUUGGAGAAUCACUGCUGGGAUGGAGGCUGCCGCUUCCCUGCUGUACCAGUGUCCUGUAGGCUUUUAUUGUCUGCAAAGGUGACAAUUCCGUUGUGUCCUGCUCCGCCGACAGUGUUUGUGGCACUAAUGACUGCCCACGGGGACCAGUGUAUUAUUAUCAUUUCUGUUUAAAAAUGGACAACAUCAUAAUGACCACUUUAUCAGUGCAUGUCGGGCAUAUUUAUGACUCUUACUGAGAACUGGUAAAUGCUGUUCACUUUUGUUGAAAUGUGAAACUUAGUUGCUGUCGACAAUGUAAAUAUCUAUACCAGAGUAAAAGAAAUAUUUUAAUUCAUUGUAAAUAGAGAUGUACAAACUUCAGAAUCAGUAAGAAUAUCUAUAAUAUGUGAAAUAAAUAUUGUAAUGUUUCUGGC